CAAAUUGAUUUUACUGAUUUUCACUCUCUAUUCGUUUAUGUCAACUCCCAUUUUUCCAAACCCUUCACUAAACAAAGAAGUAUUGGCUCGAAUCCGACCCUACUACCUUGAAUUUGCCAAGAAACCAGAGAUUAUGGAUUGGAUGGUUGGUAUUAGAAGAAAAAUACUUGAACAGCCUGAACUCGGUUAUGAAGAGUUUGAGACUAGUAAGCUUAUAAGAGCCGAGCUUGAUCUGAUGGGGAUUCCUUACAAAUACCCAGUUCCUGUUACUGGCGUUGUUGGCUAUAUUGGCACUGGAAAGCCUCCUUUUGUCGCACUUAGAGGAGAUAUGGAUGCUCUUGCCUUGGAGGAACUGGUAGAGUGGGAACAUAAGAGUAAGGUUCCUGGAAAGAUGCAUGCUUGUGGACAUGAUUCUCAUGUUGCUAUGCUUCUUGGUGCUGCAAGGAUGCUUCAAGUACAUCGAAAUGAUUUGCAGGGAACGGUGGUUCUUAUUUUUCAACCGGCUGAAGAAGCAGGUGGGGGUGCCAAAAAGAUGUUGGAUGCUGUUGCUCUAGUUAACGUUGCUGUCAUCAGACUCUUGUUUGAACCUUUUAUUUGUAAAUGA